AUGCCCGCGAUAUCAUCUCUAGUGCGUCGACCGAAAGACGAGAAUCGCAUCGAUGACGAUACUGCUGUUCUUGAUAGAACUGAGGAACUUGAAUUCCCUGACGUACCGGAGAUCUUUUUUAUGCUUGCGUUGGCCGAGAGAUUCGACGUCGAUCAUCAAAACCUUGACUAUAUAAAGGGACAGUAUGCGUUCCGCAAAAAGACCCCUUCCUUGGACGAUAUACAUAACAGAGGGCCGCUCUUAUUCAACCUUCAAAAGGAAUACAGCCUCGGGGGUGGGAUUUCUAGCACCGUGGUCCUGCUACCCAUGCCCGGCAAAACUGACAAAGAAUCCCCAAAUGGAACCUGGAUCGCUCUCAAACGGUACACGAUCGAAACUGGCGCAGGGACUUCCCACAAUGUCGCGACUAAGAAGGUGUACCAAUGGCUAUCACGAGAGAUGAAGGCGCUAUGCCAUCCCAACCUCCGUAGCCAUGAAAACAUUUGCAAGUUGAAGUGUGUUGUGUGGGAGGAUACGACUAUUAUGCCUGCUCUGGGCCUGGAGAUUGCUUACUUUGGUACAAUUUUGGCCUCUACUGUUACCUUCCACGUGUACGGACUAGUGGAAAUGCCAGGAACACUCGACGACUGUUUACAGGAUGUGCGAUCCUACUCCUCCAGCACAAGAAAGUCUUACCUUAGCCUCGACAUUGUCUUGGGGCUAUCAGCCAUUCACUCAGCUAACCUCGUGCACGGAGACUUGAAGCCGACAAACAUCCUGGUCUCCCGCCAUCCCACCAGAGGGGUUGUAGCCAUGAUUUCAGAUCUUACUGGUGUCGCACCAGCGUCAACGUACGGCCAGAGUCAAUUUGCAGUCGGGACAUCCGCCUGGCAACCGCCCGAGGCCAGUCUCGGCGAAUCUGACGUCGACUGGCAGCUCGCGGAUGUCUACUCAUUGGGCAUGGUGAUCGCUACCAUGUGCUCCGUCGAUGGAUUCAUACCUUCUGGUGGCAGCUUUCUCGAUACCAGUAUAGUUUUCGAGCUCGAACCGUACCAAAAGGUCAAACCCCUUGAACGUUUCAAGUUGAUACCGGACGAGAGAGAAGGCAGCAUGAUACAGAUGGCGUGCCGGGCCGUAUCUCUGAUUGGACCCGAUCAGCUACCUUUGAGGGACAUCAUCGACUCGACCCUUUCGUCUCGACCAGAAAGAAGGAUGACACUAGCUGAGGUAGUAGAUCGGUUCUUCGUUCCGUGGGCCCAGGCUUUUCGCAGGGACAUGUCAUUCGAUCAUGACACCGACUCUUCUUACGGGAAAGACGAACCUAUGGAAUAUAUUUUGACGAUGUCCACUUCUUUUCUGAAACGAUCAACACAGUUCCAAGCCAACUUUUUUCAAGAACUACUGAAAGUCGGUACGGAGGGCGUGAAAUUCUUCAAAUUUGGGGGUCAACCCGAGCUUGAAGAGAAGGAAUAUUCUACCGAAGACGAACUGCGCAGGCAUGUGCUACUCCGUGAUGAUGUCGCUGGCAAGCAACUUGUACCCUCUCACGCUCGAAACGCAUGGCUCUUCCUUACAUUCUCUAUAUCUUUUGCCUAUUUAUGGGGCGUGGGAACUGGGAUUGAUGGACAAAAAGGGCUCCUCUGGCUCUCAAUCGCUGCGCUUAUAGGCGAUGGGGUAGUCCAGAGCAUUUUCUGCAUGUUGGAGCACACAGUGGAGAGUCAAGUGGCACUACAAGUCCCACGGAAGCUGUGGUGCUCUCUCUCUAUGCUCAGGGAGUACGAACUAGCUGGCGAGUAUCUAAGAGACACGCACCCCUCUCUCUACAAGAUGGUCGACCACGCUUCCAGGCGGCAUAGUUGGAGAACGCUCAACCGAGAGUGUGUGUCAGCUUUAAUUGGACUGACUCAAAAUAACGACCUCAUUGUCGGCAAAGCAAUGGACCCUCUCAGAGUUUACGGGGAUGCUCAGAAAACCGCCCUGCACAUAUGUGCCGCUGCUGGGGACAAGACGUCAGUGGCUUACCUGCUACUAGAGGCAAACGCCGAUGUUAAUGCCACAACGAUUCAAAAUGAAACACCAAUCUUCUACGCUGUACGUGGUCGGCAGCUGGAGAUUGCAAAGUACCUUUACAAACACGGUGCUGAAACCAACCACAUCAACACUGAUGGAUGCACAAUUUUGCAUCUUCUCUCAUCAAUGGACGACGAGGAAGCUGCAGGGAUCGCGCCUCUGAUGAUAAGCCGCGGAGCGAGACUCGAUUGUGCUGCGCAGGAACAGCCGCGUGCCAAUGCCAAGAUUUUAUUUCCCACGAUCGCACUAGGACUUCCACUGUUUUGGGCUGCCAUCAAAUGCCGCCCUCUUCUUUUCGCGACGCUUCUGAACGCGCAUACGAGCCCUGGUCAGCAACUCAGCGUCGGGGACUACUACGCGCUGAUUCUCGUCUUGUCAGCAUGUCAUCAUCACGACAUGCUUGUGUUAGCAGUCAAGUCUGAGCCAAUCAUCGUUGGCGGAUCCCAUCGUCUCAUCGAGACGCAAACUUUUCGUCAAGCUUGUUCUUGGUUUGGGGAGUCUGUGUUGGAAGACAUUCGGAAUAACUUACUACAAAUACUCGAAUUUCCUAAACUUGGUCCUCACGGAUGCUCGUACGCACUUCUUAUGAGUCUAGAUCGAAGUCUUGCCAUCGAAUUUGUGCGCCGUCGUUGUCACAAAAAAGCUUUCCGUGAAGCCAAGAUAGCGACGGUCAAGUUUCUUCUUGCUCUUGGGGCGGAUCCAACAUCAUAUCUUGAGUCCAGAAGGCCUCAUCAUAAUGCCUUAUACACUUCAAUAGAAGGGCAAGACACUGAAGCUUUUCAAAUUCUCAUCAACCAUAUCAAGACGGAUAGCUUAAACGCCGUUAUGAGCAACACGAACUUGUUCAUUGGUUACACGGCUCUUCAGCAAGCGAUUGGGUUUGAAGCUCGAGGUAUCUUUUUUCUGUUGCUCAAGAUAUGUCCGAGCUUGAUAAACGUACCGGAUAACGUGGGCUGUACACCUCUUCAUCGGGCGACAUUACAUGCAUGCCCCUCAUACACCCAGGAGUUGCUCAGACACGGUGCCUGCCCAUAUAUAAUGGCUGAUAACGACCUGUGUCCCUUCGUCAUGUCACUCAUCAAUGGUCGAGACACAGAAGCAGCAGAGGCAAAUGCAGAUCUUAUAUACAAGCAUGCUGCCAACAAGGAGGAAAUCCUAGGCCUACGUACAGGACGCAAUGUGUUUGGCAGGCUACUCUACAAGGGCGGCUUAAGGGUGGACAGAAUCCGAAACUUUAUGGCGAAAUACAACCCCGGGUACUACACAAAUGUUGAUGCCAAUGAGUCUGCUUUCUCACUCCUACUCGGGAGUCACCAUUUACCAAGUGACCGGGCCGCCGACUCCCGAAGAACAUCAGUUCUUGGACUCCUCCUGGAAAGGUUUCCCGACAAGAUCAACGUGGCAGAUAGCAUAGUGGAGAACACAUACUUUUCUCCGCUACACAUGGCCGCCAUAUUUGGGAUUCUUUCAGCUGUGGAGUUACUGGGCAUUGGCCUUGCUAUUCACCGGGAGGAUUAUGUUCCAGACUGGAUUUCGGAAGGUGGUCAAAGGGAAGUUGGGCUCUUUAGGAGUAAUUUGAAGAAGAUUGUUGCCCUGCUCGUCAAAGCGGGUUCUCAGACACCUGACCAUGGAGCGGAUCAGGUCACAUGUGGCAGGUUUCAGGUCGCCGUCAAUCCGGAGUUACGUGGCAUCCUAAACUUUCACCGACAAGAUAGUGGCGAAUUAUCAAGUCAACGAAAGAAUGACGACAAAUGGCCGGCAAGAAUGCCCUGGGAAGGGGAGGGCAUCUCGCCACAAAGUCCCAACGGUGAGGAAUACCUCCAAUGGAAUGGCCUCUCUGCGAUCAGGCCUCUCGUAAAGUUGAAGGUCGGUAUGCAUGUGACACAUGGCCUAGAUACGGGGGUACAGGUGGAAUAUUUUGCCAAACCCCGUCCGCCUCAGGGUUAUAUGGAUGAUUUGGAGUAUGAGGUGCAGAAGAUGAGAAAAGCUUGGAGGGAUACCUUGUAA